GUGAAGUAUCUCGCUGCUUACUUACUUUUGGUCAACUCCGGUAAGACCGCUCCAACUGCUGACGAUGUCACCUCCGUCUUGUCCUCUGUCGGCAUCGAAGUUGAGUCCGAGAAGUUGGACAAGCUGAUUGCCGAAUUAGAGGGUAAAUCCGUCGAGGAAUUGAUUGCCGAAGGUAACGAGAAGAUGGCUGCUGCUCCAGUCGGUGGUGCCGGUGCUGCUUCUGCAGGUGCCGCUGCCGGCGGUGCUUCCGAAGAGGCUGCUGAAGAGGCUGCUGAAGAAGAAGCUGAGGAAUCCGAUGAUGACAUGGGUUUCGGUUUGUUCGAU